AUGAUCACAUGAUUCUUCAGUACGGAACUAACAUCAGAACAUGGAAAUAAAAUGGAAAAGACUGCAGACGUUUAGUAUUUAUUUUUUAUAUUUUCCUUUAAGCAGAAAGAUGAUGGAUUGAAUUUGGACAACUUUUCGCGAUGACAACUGCAAGUCCCUGGCCCCAGAGAAUCUCGGCUUUCUCACUCAGUCCAUCGCAGUUCUUGUCCAGCACAACGCCGGAUGGCUUCCUAGCUGAGCUCCUGUUCGAGCUUAGAGAUGACAAGGCGAGCGAGAGCAUCAAGAUUCUCCUGCUGUCCCUGCUGCAGGAGUACCCCAAUGUCCUUUGCCCCAGCUACACGGCGGGGGAGGAGACGGUCCUUGAACUUCUGGCCAUCUUCAACCAGGCUCCCGUCCGAGCCGUCAACCUCAGGUGCCACCUAAUGCUGGCGAUCACCAAUGUCCUGGUGUGCGCUUCCCGUCUGGACGACCAGGGCAACGCGGCGGAGUGCGUCCUGGACCUCCUGUUUCAGACGGCCCAGGACACGAACGACCUGAAGGACGGGCAGGCCCUGCGCCCUCUUAGGGCCGUGGCCUGCGACUGCCUCCGCGAGGUGGAGACCUCUUUCCCCGGCCUGUUCUCCCAGAGGCUGGAGGCCCUCUACCUCCUGAAGCAGCAGGAGAUGACGCCCCUGCACCAGGCCUACUGCGUCUUGUACACGCUGAGCCUGAAGAACGCCAUUCACCUCUUGUCCCGGGGAGACGGGGCUCCCGGCGGGGACAUAAAGAGCCUUUUGGCUGGAAACGAGGGGCUGGCUUGGAAGGCCGUCGAGAAGCCCCUGCCCCCCGUCCGUCUGAGCGCCAUGGGCCAGAUCCCCGUGCUGCAGACAAACGCGGACGUCAGGGAGCUCAGGGCCAUCGUCUCCUUGCUGCUGGAGGAGUCCUACCUGCUGACCCCGGUAGCCCAGGCUGCCCUGCUUCGAGAGCUCGUGGAGGUCGUGGCCAUGGUCCAGGCCCUCUCGCCGGCCAUUUUUAAGUCCCAGCUCCUGCGUCUCUGCGGGACCGCGGAGGUCACGCUCAUGCACGCCACGCUGCUCAUGAAGGCGGCCUUCACGGAUAGCCUCUUCACCACGGAGGACGAGAACUUCUUCAUCAAGAGGCUGGUGGGCAUGUCGCAGCACCCUCUGCUGGGCAGCACGCAGAAGCUCUUCUACAUGGACUGCAUCCUUCAUUUCCCGGAGAACCGCCCCAUCUCCUGCAACGGCGAGGAGAGCCUGCCGGUGCUGGUCACCCCUCGCCUGGCCGCCUCCCUCCUGCCCACGGUGUUCAACAACAGCAGCACCAUGCUGUGCAGGCUGAGCCUCCUCAGCCUGGUGUACAUGGAGGCGGACGACGACGACGACAGAGGGGUGAGCUAUCUGUUCGACCACCUGAUGGCGCUCCACAGAAUCGUGGACAACCACGGCACCAGGGAGAUGACGGUCACGUUUUUCAGAGCGGCUUUUACCUUCCUCGGCUAUUUUUACCAGUCCGAGAAGUUCACCUGCGCCCUGACAGCGAGACUUUGCGAACUCUACUCAAGGCACUGUUACCUUGCACCCAACCUGAUCAACUUGGUCGAUCGUACCCAGGAAUGUUUGGGCGAUUCAGGAUGGCCAAUCCAGCUGCUUAAAGCAUUGCAGAAACUGAUUGUGGAGUUGCCAAUCCCAGAUCUGAGUCUCCAGAACCUCAGCUGGCACCUUAAAGUUUUAGGUCGGGUGGCGAGGGAGAGCCAAGUUCCCCAGAGAAGCACCCUGUGCUUUCUGCUCAGCGUCCUGAUCAACUCCAGCCUGUGCUCGGCGGGAGGCUGGCGGUUGGGCAACGCGGUCCUCACGGUCUGUCGAAACCUGCUCCUGCACCCGAGCUUGGAUCAGGUGUUCAUCGAGCUGGCCGACCUCCUGCAGCACACCAUGCUCCGCUACGAGGACGCGGACAUCCGGGACCACGCCAGGUUCUACUACACCCUGCUGACCAACCUGUCGAGGGAGAAGCUCUCGGGGGUCCUGACGAAGGGGCCGGACAUCGGGCCGACGAAAGUGAGGUCCCUGUCCUCUGUCAUGGCGGAAAGCGACGAGCAGUCCAGCUGCUUGACCGUACACCAAACCAGGCAGCCAGUGCUGCAGCUUGUGAAGGUCCCGCAGAGUGAAUCGUGGGAGGCACCCGGCGAGGGGGAGUCCAAGAGCCUCGAGGACACUGAGGUGCUGACGGCCUAUCGGGAACAAUUUCUCAGCCCCGGCUUCGCUUCCGAGGUGAACCUGAAAUGCCACCUGAGGCACGCGGGGGAGGUGAAAGCCUGUCACCACAAGCUCUUCAGCAUCUGCCUCCAUUUCGAGCUGACGGACGCCAAUUACGAAGAAGUCAGAGACAUCACCGUGCCGUGCCUCUUCAAGGACAGGAAGCCCCCGGUCGUGCACCUCAAACUGAGGCCGCGCCGGCCUUACCCGACCCGCCUUCGCACCAGUGCCAUGUUCACCACCGAGGACGGCCUAUCUUGGUACACCCAGCUGCAGGACGUCUUCGUGUCUUUCCCCGAUGUCUUCCUUCCGCUCCCCGUCAAAGCCGAUUGGUCAGGGGAGAGCAGGGAGCAGCUCUUCGACCGCAUCUGGAACGGCACGCGUUCGGAGGACAGCAGCCGGUCGGCCAGCAGCCUGUUCUGCUUCGAGCUCGGGGACCGCAGCCUCUCUGGCCUGGUCAAUCAGGCCUUCCACCCUUACCUGAUCUCCAGGGACCCGAAGCAGGAGUGUUACAAGGUCUUGUUCUUCCUGCCGCCUCAGUGCCACGUGCUGCUGAACAUCACGAACACGGAGGAUGCCGUUCACGUCAGCAUCGCCACUGACAACUGGAAGCUUCUGCCUUACAUAAACUCUUACUUGCAGAAUGUCACAAGCGAGACACACAUUAACGCAGAAAGCCUAGUGCAAGUGCCAGAUGCCAUAACAGAAGAUACCUCACGUGAGAUGUGAAUGGAAUAUGAAGACUGUUUUUUUUACGGAAAUAUUCCCACUUUUAAUGCUUCCCACGUUCGUCUGUGGAGUGAUAUAAAAUUGCCCAUGACUGAAUUCAGUCUUUUGCUAGUGAUUUUCCUUGUAGUAAUGAAUAAUGAAUCCUGUUUUCCUCUUGCAUUUAUUUUCAUGAAGUUAUAUGAAAAUAUUGAUCUGCCUUUUGUUUAGCAUAUUUGCUUUGUAUGAUAUUAAAAAAGAGAACAAUGAUCUGCCACACUAUGCAUUUUAUGAAGUCGCAUAACGUUUUGCCAUGCCUUAGCAACUAUAAUUUACAAGGCCAAAUAUAUUUUCCUUGUGUGGGAAUCCUGUAUAUUCCUUCUAUUUCUGUAAUAAAACAUGACAAGUUGAA